AUGGACGAUUAUAAUGACUUUGAUAUUCAAACAAAUACAGCUUUUGAAGUUGCUAUGUGUAUAUUUUAUGCAAUUAUAUGGUUGGCCGCAAUCAUUGGCAAUGGAUUUAUCAUUUAUAUUGUACUUAAAGAGAAACGCAUGCAAACUGUGACUAACUUUUUCAUCUUAAACCUGGCCGUCGGUGACCUACUGAUGGCCGUACUGUGUAUUCCCUUUACAUUUGUGGCCGAUUUAUUGCUUCAUUACUGGCCAUUCGGCUCAUUCAUGUGUGUUAUCGUUGGCUAUUCACAAGUUGUCAGCGUUUUCAUCAGUGCCUACACUCUCAUUGCAAUUAGUAUUGAUAGAUAUCGCGCUAUAUUACAUCCAUUGCGGUCAAGGAUUACCAAAAUGAAUACAAAACUAGUAUUAAUAAUAAUAUGGUUUAUAUCGUUGGCCACACCGUUACCGACAGCCAUACUGACCAAAUUGCAACACUUACAACAAAAUUCAACACAUUUGACGUGUAUGGAGGACUGGGAUGACAAUAAUAAACGCUAUUACUAUUCGAUGGCAUUGAUGUUAUUGCAGUACAUUUUUCCGCUAACUGUCCUCAUCUAUACAUAUAUGAGAAUAGCUGUCGUAGUGUUCGCCAAACAGACUCCCGGAGAGGCCGAAGAUCAAAGAGAUCAGAGGAUUAGGGCUUCCAAGAGAAAGAUGAUAAAAAUGAUGAUGUUAUGUGUACUAUCGUAUGCACUUUGUUGGCUACCAUUGAACACUAUAACAUUGAUUGGCGACCAAAUGCCCGACAUAUGGACGCACAGGUAUAUCAUACUUAUAUGGAUAUGCAGUCAUUGGCUGGCAAUGAGCCACUCGUCAUACAAUCCUAUUAUCAUAUUCACAAUGAAUGCCAAGUUUCGGCUGUCAUUAAUACAAUUGUUUGCUAAAAGACGACGAUCUCAACAAUCGAUACGUACGGCAACUCUUUAG